UUUUUUAAUCCCAACGGUUAAUUUUCCGCGUUUUACCCCUAGCCACAGGAAGUAAAGUAGUUGUCUCCCUUGGUAUAGAGAAUGCCGAAUGGUUAACUUAAAAAUGGUUUUACAGACGUAAUCCUGCAGUGGUGUCAACAUGAAUGCCCAACCGCCGUUUACGGUGAGAAUUCGCACAGAACAGGAACAGGAUAUGGACUGGAUGGUACAACCAGGAGAAAUCACAUUCCACCAAGCAUUGGAAGUCAUUUCACAAGUAUUACCACAAGCGUCUAUCACUGCGUUUGAAUAUGAGGACGAGGAAGGUGAUAGAAUCACAGUGAGGAGUGAUGAAGAGAUGAGUACAAUGUUUCAGAUGUAUUUCAGUUUGCUCAGUGAAGAGGACAUGGUUCGAGGAUUGUUACCUCCCCUGAUUAUCUACCCCCGAGUGGGGAAGACAGCAAAAAACAGAAACAUCCAUGGAUUGAAGAUAAAGACUGACAAACAGUCCACAAGUAAACCAGCCAAACUUGUUGCAGGGGUCAAACCAAGUGUAAGUCAGAACACAAACCAAGUUGCAAAUCAGCAACAAAACCAGUAUCAACAACAACAACAACAACAACAACAACAGCAACAACAACAGCAACAGCAGCAGCAACAGCAGCAGCAGCAAAUUCAGCAACAAAAGCAGCAGCAGCAGCAGCAACAACAAAUUCAGCAACCCGGUUACCAACAACCACCCACAAACCCAGUCGGCUAUCAGCCACCAGGUGGAGCCAGUCUUCGCCAGAUUUUGUCAAACAUGGAGAUAGGUGACACUGAUCUACAGGUGUUAGAGUUACUGGGAAAGGGCAACGGAGGUCUAGUCCACAGAGCUUACCACAAACCUACCGGCACCAUUAUGGCUAUCAAGGUAAUGAAACUGGAUGUAGAUGUGGACGUGCAGAGACAGAUCAUCUCAGAAUUAGAAAUACUCAGCAAGUGCAAUUCACCUGCCAUCAUAGACUUCUACAAGGCAUUCUUUGUGGAAAAUAGAAUUUCAAUAUGUACAGAAUACAUGGAUGGUGGUUCUCUGGACCGGUACAAACAGGUGCCCGAGCCAGUCCUCGGACGUAUGGCUGUCUACAUCAUCCAGGGUCUGUGCUACAUGUGGAGCCUCAAAAUAUUACAUAGAGAUAUAAAACCGUCCAACAUUCUAGUCAACACUUCCGGCCAAGUAAAACUUUGUGAUUUUGGUGUCAGUGUUCAGCUGAUAGAGUCGAUCACCAGGACAUAUGUCGGAACUAAUGCUUACAUGGCACCGGAGCGGAUACGAGGAGAAGAGUAUAGCUCACCGGCAGAGGUCUGGAGUCUCGGCUUCAUGCUCUUUGAGCCGAAGUCCUAUGCUACACCGAUGCACCUCCUGAAUAUAAUUGUAUCCGAGGAGCCACCAGAAUUGCCUACUACCAAUUUUUCUCCAGACUUUGUUCAUUUUGUGGCGAACUGUCUGGAGAAAGCAAGGACACUUUCUUUGUUUUUCAAUUUCAAAACUUUUGACGGGUUUGAACUUGACAGGACUUGAAAGUCUUUGCCAAAGCUUGCCAGAAAAUAACAUCUCAAUAGAGAUCCAGCUGCAGCUUACAACCAUCAGAAUGGAAUUUUGAAGUGUAUGGAAAUUCAAAAAAGAUAGCCUGAUACAUGUUUAAAUCAUAUAUAUACCUCAUCAUCUUAAUUAUACUAUUUAUUGAACAGUGCCAAUAUGUUAUGCUGUAAAAAUGAAAUAUGAUUAUAUCAAAUAUGAAUAUGUUUACACCUUAAAAGGUACAUAUUGUUACUUUCACGAGUGUGAUAUCAUCUGAACAUCUUCAGAACAUACACUCUGUAGAUUACUUGAUUCACACAAUACGAUAUGCAUUAAUUUUCGAGUUAAUUCAUAGACUCAUGAAACAUUGUUUGUACGUUGUUUGUGUAUUAGUAAAACUUUGAUAAGGAGUAUAUAACUUAGUUACAUGUACGUGCAGAAAUGUCAAUCUGCAAAAUUAACAAUAAUAUGAAUAACCAUUUAAUUAUUGUCAAGGUUGCCUUGUUUUCCCAUUGGUGUUAUUGUAUAAUUCUGAGCUAAACACCAACUUUUACUUGCUAAUCAGAACUAGAGAAAUUUGUAUCCACUUAGUGCUGCUAUAUUUCAUUACCUGGAAGCCCUGGAACAGGGUCAAACACCAUUCUUGAGAACUGAUUAAUGCAGUAACCUUUGACCUUUUAUACUAGCCUGUGAUUGGAUAUUGUUUGGAUUUUAAAAUGUUUUAUAACAAUUAAGGUCGUGUGUUUACAGUACUAUCCAGUAGGGUAUAUUUCCCUCUUUAAAUUGAGAAGUCAAAUUUAUAUAUCAAAAGUAUAAAAAUUAUGGUUCUUAUCAAUUUCAAGAAGACAAAUGUUGAAACCAUGAGUUUGGGCAUCUUCGCUAGCCAAGGGUUACGAUCCGGUACGAUCCGGUCUUUCUACUCUUAGUUAGACUGUACUGGAUCGUAGCCCUUGGCUAGCGAAAAUGGAGUUUGGGUAGAACGUGAAGCUACAUGUGUGAGAGACUUAUUAGAGACUGUAAUCACUACUACUCUUUAGUAAGUUUAAUCUCAACUGCAAGAAGCUGUCCAGCAUUUUGAUAUUGAUUAGUGUAACUACUGUUUCUUAACAUAAAUGAUGUACUUGAUUUUAACUUUGUUAAUAUGCUAGCAGCCGACAAAUGAGUGCCACAAAGUAAAGGAACAUCACUUUUAUAGGAAAUGACAACGCAGGGCAUUUAGGGGCUUAUUUAUUACCAUGCAAAACCUGUAGUUACUGAAUUCUUGAAAUACAAUAGGCUGGUUGUCCUAUGUCUGUGUUGCUGGUCAACUAGAGUUUAUUUUUAGCCUUUAGACAUUCCUGUAGAUUUCAUGAUGACCCUUUACAUAUGUAUGAACACUUCAAGAAAAUGAAUACAAAAAAAU